GUUGUUUUAAACGCUCAUUUGAUCUCUAGCGGUUCACAAGCCCGAAGCUGAAGCGAGUGAAGUGAGUGAAGUCUCCAAUGAAUCCACUGCCGAGCGGAGGCGGGAGCGUUAAGAGCCUCGUGCCAUGAAAGUGUCAUCAUUUGUACGGACUGCACGCACGAGCGAGCGGAUAAACCGACCGACACCGGCGGCAGCGCGAAUACCCAGACUUCAGCAUGUCGGAGCGCGGAGGACUUCAGCAGCAGCAGAGACCGGGAGUUCCGUCUCCCCACCUGCAGCCUCUCAGGACGGUCACGAUUUCUGCCAGUCGCCCGGUUCAGAUGAACCUGUUUGCGACAUGGGAGAUUGACAGCUCCUCUCCCAGCUGUGUGCCCAGACUUCUCAGUCUAACCCUUAAAAAACUAGUGAUUCUGAAGGAGCUGGACAGAGAUCUCACAUCUGUUGUCAUUGCAGUUAAACUUCAGGGUUCAAAACGCAUUUUGCGGUCGAAUGAAAUCAUGCUGUCCUCUGCUGGCCUUACAGAGACCGAUCUUCAGCUGACAUUCUCUCUUCAGUAUCCACACUUUUUGAAGAGAGAUGCCAACAAGCUUCAAAUUAUGCUCCAGAGACGCAAGAGAUACAAGAAUCGCACUAUUUUGGGAUAUAAGACCCUCGCACUAGGAAUGAUAAAUAUGGCUGAGGUGAUGCAGCACCCCACUGAAGGAGCUCAGGUUUUGGGUUUGCACACGACAGUGAAGGACAAGCCAGUUAUUGUUGCUGAGAUCCGGGUCUAUUCUCUUUCCAGUCAACCCAUCGACCCAGAGGGACUGAAGACCAAGCUAUCUGAUCGUUCACCAGACAUCGACAAUUACUCGGAGGAGGAAGAGGAAAGCUAUUCGUCGGAGCAGGACGGCAGUGAUGACCCUCUACAGGGGCAGUACCUUUAUGAUGACGAGGAUGAACUGAGGAAGAAGAAGCCUCGUCGUAAACUGCCCUCCACCGCCUCCAUCACUAGAGCAAACCAACCCAACAUCAAGCAGAAGCUUAUGGCAUUGGUGAAAUGGUUCAAAGUUUCUGAUGAGGUGGGCUUCGGUUUGGAUCAUGUGUCCCAAGAGCAGAUCCGGGAUGUGGAAGAGGACCUGGAUGAGCUCUAUGACAGUCUUGAGAUGUACAAUCCCAGUGACAGCGGGCCAGACCCAGAGGAGACGGACAGCAUUAUCAGCACCCCCAAACCCAAACUCCCGCCAUUUUUUGAAGGCAUGUCUCAAUCCAGCUCUCAGACGGAGUUUGGUAGCUUGAAUAGCAGAUGUGGUCACAGCAAAGACAAGCUGAGUCCUAGGGCUGAACACACUGUGGUUGGUAAAAUUCAGCGUUCCCCCAGUGCACAUCUGGAAGAUGCGUUCUCAGACGUGGACACACUGGAAUUCAAUGAAGUGGAGGUAAUUGCUGAUGGGACCCCUAGCAUCACUUUAUCAGUGGCAGAGAGGCCCCGGACCCCACAGAGAAGUAACAGCACCAAUAUGCCCUCUCCCAGGCUUGAUGGCAGUCAUACCCCCAAACAGAGACGAGGGACUCCUAUGAAGGAGAGACAGCUGUCCAAACCGCUCAGCGAACGCACCAAUAGUUCAGACAGCGAGAGAUCACCCGAGCUCAGCCUCACCCCUCAGAUGCCGAGGAAGAUAGUGUACGACCAGCUCAACCAGAUUCUGCUGUCUGACAGCACCCUUCCUGACAGCCUUAUCUUGGUGAACGGCAGCGACUGGCAAGGACACUAUGUGGCUGAGCUACUACAGGCCCAGAAGCUGCCGGUGGUUUGCACCUGCUCCGGAUCAGAAAUUCAAGCUGUUCUUUCAGCCCUGCUCACACGCAUACAGAAAUUCUGCAACUGUAACUCCAUCAUGCCCAAACCGGUGAAGGUGGUGGCGGUUGGGGGUCAGAGCUACUUGGGAGCCGUUUUGAGAUUCUUCGUUUCUCAGCUCGCCAACAAGAUGUCUGACUGGCUCAGCCACAUAAAGUUCCUUGUGGUGCCUUUAGGCUCUCACCCUGUGGCCAAACACCUGGGUUCUCUGGACAAUCGCUACAGUUGUUCCUUUCUGGACAGCUCAUGGAGAGAAUUUUUCAGCCGCACAGAGCCACCUCAGACUGAUUCUUUCUCUGCUGACAUUGUGGAUGUGGCAGGACGAAUAAUACAGUACAUCAAUGGAUCUGUGGUUACCCAUCAGCUCCCCAUUGCAGAGGCCAUGCUGACCUGCAAAAAUAAGACGCAAGAUGAAGAUUCCUGCCAAAAUUUUGUUCCAUUUGUGGGUGUGGUUAAGGUGGGAUUGGUGGAACCCAACCCAGGAUCUUUAGGUGCAGACUUCGAGGAGGGUCUGGCUUUGAGCUUGGCGGUUCCCUCAACAUCUCCACCUGCUCAUGGAUCUCCAACUGGGAUGAUGAAAGAUUCUGCAACGCCACCUCCGUCACCAUCACUAAGCGGAGGACUGGCUGCUUUAGGAAGCCCCAGCAUGCCACAUGGUGUGGACGCCAUUGGGCUGCAGGUGGAUUACUGGGUGUCUUCAGGCAUGGAGAAGCGCAAAGAUGGAGACCCGAGAGACAGGAGUAAUAAGAUCACAUUGAGAUGUGCAUUCAGAUCCUUGCAAGUUAGCAGAUUAUCAAGCUCCAGCUCCACUGAGACUGGCUUUAACACCAUGUCCAUGACUGUGGUGACCAAGGAGAAGAACAAGAAGGUUCCAACAAUAUUCCUGGGGAAGAAGCCGAAAGAAAGAGACACAGAGUCGAAGAGUCAGAUCAUUGAAGGCAUCACCAGACUCAUCUGCUCUGCCAAGAAUCAACAAACCAGUUUAAAAGUGUCUGUAGAUGGGAUGGAGUGGAAUGAUGUGAAGUUCUUCCAGCUGGCGUCUCAGUGGCCUACUCAUGUCAAGUACAUCCCCGUGGGGCUGUUCGGCUACAACAAACCGCCCUCCUAGUGACUUCUUACUUGGCAGAAACAUGGUUACAUCUCCAGACCCUGGUUUUGUUAUGGUCUUCAGAUUGAAUAGAGGACCAGUUUUUGCCUCGCGAGGCAGUCGUGAUUACAGGAUCACAGCUCGAGCCAAGUAGAAGAUUUCAAAAUUCUCCACAGUGGGAUCUUGUUUUGGUUUUCAAAGGGCCAGAGCAGACAAAACAUCCAAGGAUGAGAGUAUUAUUUAUGAUUCCUUUUCUAUAAGUGUUUGGUGGGAUUCAUGAUGCAAUAAUAGUCCAAUAUUGUAUUGUUAUAUUUAUGGUACUUGAUAUUAGUGAUUUAAAGUUUUCAGAUUCAUCGUGUGUCACUUUAUUUGUACAAAUGUAAUGUAUUCGUAUUAUUUCACCAACUGAAUCUGACAUCCAAAGCUUCUCAAAGACACUAUGUAAAGCAAAUAAAAAGCCUUUAAAAUACUU